AUGGGAAAAUGAAGAAAGAAACAAAUAGUCAAAGAAAAAAAAGCAAUAAAAAGAUGUUCUUUAAUUGAAUACAUGGCCUGAGAUUGCAUCUUGAUUGCAAUGUCGAGAGGGACAGUUAUGGCUAUCAAGUCUUACCAAAAUCAGGCUAGGACCCUUGUAAAGAACUACUUACUUGCAGAUUCAUUAAUUCCAUAUACUUCAAUCUUUGCUGGCAUAUUCAUUUGCAAAAUUGUCUAUGAUCUUACCCAGUUAAUCAGUACAUUUUACUUUAAAAGUUAUUCCAGCCUUACCAAAAUUCAACGAAUUGAGUGGAAUAAUCGUGGCAUCUCUACUGUUCAUGCCAUCUUUAUAUCUGCUACAUCGUUAUACUUUGUGUUCUGGUCAGAUCUGUAUUCUGAUCACUGGCUGGCUGGCUUUGUCACAUUUCGAAGCUCACCACUCUCUGCUUUUACCUUAGGGGUUUCUGUUGGAUAUUUUCUUGCGGACCUUGGCAUGAUUUGUUGGCUAUAUCCUUCUUUAGGCGGAUUAGAGUAUGUUAUCCAUCACUCGCUAUCUGCAACUGCAGUAGCAUAUGCUUUGUUUUCUGGGGAAGGACAGCUUUACACAUUUAUGGUCCUUAUCUCUGAGGUGACAACACCAGAGAUAAAUAUCCGAUGGUAUCUUGAUAUGGCUGGUUUAAAGCGGUCCAGUGCUUAUCUCAUUAAUGGUGUUGUGAUAUUUUUUGCUUGGCUGGUUGCAAGAAUUCUGCUGUUCAUGUACAUGUUUUACCACGUCUAUUUACACUAUGAUCAGGUGAUCCAGAUGCACAUCUUUGGUUAUCUCUUGGUGUUUGUGGUGCCAUCGGUGCUGGCCAUCAUGAACUUAAUGUGGUUUGGGAAGAUUAUCAGGGGACUCAAGAAGACUUUGGCCAAGAGACCUUAACAGUUGUUACGAAGACAGACUUGGAAGGAGUAAUAUUUGGUUUUAGUGUUGGCGUCCAUUUACGGUUUCCUUCUUCACUUUUCUAGGUGAACAAAACACACUACUCACCAUGCAAAUACGAAUCAGGACACUACUAACCAUAUGCAAAUACGGAUCUCAUCACAUUGCUGAUGUUAAUGGGAAUCCCGUUGUGUUGUAAUUGCUUCAUGUUGCUUCAGUCUUGUUUCGUCUUUGUUUCUGUGUUUUUUUUUUUUUGUUCUAUUUUAAAAUUCUUCUUUAUUCUUUAAUAACAUGACUAGUAGUAAUAAUGCAGUAGAUUCAUUACCACCA